AUGUUCAAACAAUUAGUGACUGUUAGGAAACAAUUAAAUUUUCAUUCAAUCAAGAACCUACAAAAUUAUUAUUACGGAAUAAAAUCAUUUAGUACCAAUUGUGUGAUAAAAUCAUCCUCGGAGCAAGCAAAUAACAAUAAUGAUGAAGUGAAUAAUAAUAAUAUUAAUUUAAAAAUUGAAGAAAAUAAUUCGGAACAAUUCAAUGAUGUAAAUAAUAAUAACAAUUCAAAAAGAACAAUUGGAGAAAAACAAAAUAGAAAUAUGAGCAAAUUAUUCAGAAAGAGAGACCAAACAUUGGAGACUGCCAAAAAAUUCAAAGAUUUGAAUAGAAAGUUUACUCCUUCAAAUGUUGAAGAGCCAAAGAAAAAGAAAGCUUCACCUGACUUGAAAAAGGCAAUUAAAUUAUUGAAAUUUAUGGAUGUAAUGGAAAAGGCUAGUCAAGGAAUUGAUUUUGAUCAAGAACAGGAAUUUUCAAAAUAUGAUAAUGACGAUGAUCCAAGAAUGCCAGAAAAGAAGUCAAAAGUUGCAAAGACUAGAAGAACAAUGGAUAUUCAUUUGGAUGAAAGAAACUUUAACUUACAAAAACCUGUUCCAAAAACAAUUCUGAAAGGACAAUUAAAAGAAAUUAAGAGAGCUAGAAAGAUAAUUGAUGAUGACGAAAAGCAUUUGAAAGAUAAAAAACCAUUCAAGUUCUAA